AUGGUGGGCACUGAGGGUGCUAAGGUGGAGGCGGCGGUGUCCACUGGAGGCGGCACAAUGAAAUGCACAGUGUUUGACCACACAGCAGACUCUCUCCCCAGCCUCCAGAAGCACAUUCUCUCCCACUUGUCUCAGACAGGCUACCGGUGCUCCCACUGCCACUUCAGCUUCACCUCCCCUAGGGAACUGGACAAGCACCACGAGAUCCACAGACACUGUUUCUCCUACAGUGUCAAAUUGGAGCCCUCUAGUCCUCGCCAGGCAUCCUCGUCCAUCCAGAACAACAUGGUCCCCGCUGCUUUCCCCAUGGGGCUGUUCUUAUCCCAUUUCCCCUACUCACAGGACUUACGAGCUGCCCCCCAGGCCUCGGAGAUCCUGGCUAAGAUGUCUGAGUUGGUCCACCAUAGACUGAGGCAUGGAGGUACUAACCACUACCCCGCUCAUGUCAUGUACAGCACCCUUGUCCCCAAAGGGGCCAUGUGUUUUGAAUGCAACAUCACUUUCGGGAACUUGGACAACUACUUAAUUCAUAAAAAGCACUACUGUAAUAGUGGUUGGCAACAUGUGGCUAAGCCACAUGAUUACACCAGUGUCCUGGACAAAGUGACUGACACAGGGAGCCCUAAAAGUGGGGGAUUGGGUGGGUUGGGCAGCCUGAACAUGAGUCAGGGUCAUCUAUCUGACCCCAACAGUCAUCUCACUUCCCCGUGCCUGAACCUGUCAGGACUAGACCUGUUCACCAUUGGGGAGGGGAAGGCACAGGUACAGGCUGAGCUCCCAGGUACUGUGAAGAACCCUUCCAUCCCCACCAGAACAGAUGACAACCCCUCCAUACAGGCAGACGUGACAAGUCCCAAAGCAUCUCAAAUGCCUAAGACAGAAAUCUUAGACCCUAACAAGACAACGUGCGAGCCCUGUAAGAUCACCUUCAGUCGUACAGAGACCUAUAUGGUUCACAAGCAGUAUUACUGCGCCACGCGACAUGACCCACUCAUGAAACGAGCGCAAAGCAACAAACUGCCUGCCACCCAGAGAACGGUGCGUUUACGGAAACGGAAGAAGAACUUCAAAAUGAACAUUCCCAACAACGAACAACAGAGGUCUUCCAUGAAUCACCAUCCACAUUACUUUGGGAUAGCACCCACUGGAGGACCAGGCAUGUGCCAAGACCCAAGGGAGAUAUUCGGUAAACAGUUUCACCCCAGAUACAACAUGUUCCUUGGCAUGGUUCCUAAGCAUCCAGAGGCUAAUCUCCCUUUCACUAAAUCAGCUCUGAUAUCUAAGUGCAACGCCAUAGCACAAGAUGAACUGGAUAACGCUAUUGAUCUCAGUAAAACGUGUUCAUCAUCAAGCCCUGGUAAAUUAUAUACCACCCAUAAAAGACUCAUGGACUAUCACGAGUGCACAGUGUGCAAGAUCAGCUUCAACAAAGUGGAAGACUACCUUGCACACAAACGGAGCUCUUGCCCAGUCACUGCUCCAGAUCGCAAAACAUCUGCGGUCGUAAAAAGAGGGUUUAACAACCCAGUAGAUGACAAUGAUACAAACUUGGGUAAAUGUGUUAACAAUGGAGCCAACGAGGUGUUCUUGCAAAUAGGUAGCACUAACGGGGAUCAGCUUGCUGUCAUCAAAGAGGAAAGCACGGAUGAGUUUCUGUCCCAAGAAUUUAGCCCUCUUUUAUUUAAAAAAAUGAGACUUGACGAACAUAUUUCAACCUUUUAUAGAAUCAAGCCUGCCGACUACACCACAGGUACAGUGGUGAUGCAGAGAGAGCUCAGCGAGCUGAGACAAAGCCCCAAUGAAGGGAGUGAGGUGAAAAAAGAUCAGCCUAUGCCUGAUGGCUACCAGGAAACACAAGGUGUUUUGCCUCAAAAUGGCCCCCAGGAGCCUGAGGACAUGGUCAUAGACACAGAGAACACACUCCAAGACAACAAGCUUGUGAACUCCCAUCUCCCAGACAGCCACGUAUCAUCCUUGUCAGAUUCAGAGAGUCCUGUCAGUGUCAACUCCAAGAAGAGCACUUCCUCAUCCUUAUCCUCCCCAGCACAAUCUAAGACAGAGGAUGUACUACCUUCCUGUGUGAAAAGAGGCCUUAACGGCUCCAUCCAGGCAACAAAGUGUAGUGUCAAAUAUUGCCGCCCCUGCGACAUCCAGUUCAACAACCUGUCCAACUUUAUAACACACAAGAAGUUCUACUGCUCGUCACACACCGCCGAGCACGUCAAAUGA